GCGCCGGCGAAGAGAGAAAGAGCGAAGGCUUAAAUUAAAAAGAAAAAGAUGGAUGAUAGGGUGAGGGUGAGGGUGAGGCAUAGUUUAGUUGAAGGAAGAAAAAGGUAAAGGAGUUUUUGUUGGAGGAUGGAUGAGGAAGAGAGAGAGAAGAUCGAGAAAACAGUGGUGGAUAUACUGAGGAAUUCCAACCUCGACCAUAUUACUGAGUUCAAGCUCCGACUCCAGGCCUCCAAGCGUCUUGGGAUCGACCUCUUCGAAAAUGACCUCCGCAAGGCCUUUGUGCGGACUGUCCUUGAGAAUUUCCUGCUCGACCUCGACCUCGACCACGAUGAUGAUGAUGAUCAUAAAGACCAAAACAAACACAGGCCUAACUCUAAUGGAGGAGGAGGAGCAGGCGACCGUGUUAUUUGCAAGCUAUCAAACAAGAGGAAUGUGGUAAUUUCAGAUUUCAGAGGGAAAGCUUUGGUAUCAAUCAGGGAAUUCUAUGAGAAGGAUGGAAAGCAGCUUCCUGCUGCCAAAGGAAUUAGUUUGUCACCUGAACAAUGGUCAGUCUUCAGAAAGAAUGUCCCUGCUAUAGAGGACGCUGUUAUUAAGAUGGAACUGAAGUUAAGAUCCCAACUUGAUGGAAAACAAAUUGAAGAUCUAUCUAAUACAGGGAGUGAUAUUGCUCCCCAAGGAGUUCCUUUUGAGACUGACCGUUUUGAUGGGAAGAAUUACCAUUGCUGGGCACGGCAGAUGGAAUCUUUCUUAAUGCAAUUAAAGAUUUCAUAUGUACUUGCCGACCCAUGCCCCAAUGUUACUCUAAGCCCAGAAGCAACCGCUGAAGAAAUUGCUCAAGCAAAACUUGCUGAACAAAAGUGGGUCAAAGAUGACUACAUUUGUCGUCGCAACAUCUUGAACUCUCUAUCUGACCCUCUCUUUUACAAAUACUCUAAGAGAGCUGGGACUGCUAAAGAACUGUGGAAAGAACUUGAGUUAGUUUAUCUUUAUGAAGAAUUUGGAACCAAGAGAUCUCAAGUUAAAAUGUAUAUUGAUUUCCAGAUGGUUGAAGAAAGGCCUAUAGUUGAACAAGUUCUUGAAUUCAACAGCAUUGCUGACUCUAUUGUUGCAGCUGGAAUGUUGAUUGAAGAGAACUUUCAUGUCAGUGUCAUCAUUUCCAAACUUCCCCCAUCUUGGAAGGACUUCUGCAUCAAGGUGAUGCGUGAGGAGUAUCUACCUUUCUAUAAGUUGAUGGAUCAUUUGAGGAUUGAGGAAGAGACUCGCAACCAAGGCAAGCAAGGAGAUUCUUCUAAUCUGUUAGGCAAUCAAGUCUGGAAAUUUAGACCCAAUUUAAAGCCUCCAAACAUGCGAUGGAAUAGGCGGGAACAAGAAAUGGAUGGAAAGCCCUUAGUCUGCCACAAUUGUGGCAAGAAAGGGCAUCUUUCACGAAAUUGUCGCAAGAAGUUUGUUAAGGAAAAUAGUGGAAAUGGAGUUGUGGACAAUGUAUCCAUGCCUGUGGUCGCAGAGGUUAACACGGUUGGGGGAACUAUGGAGUAGCUGAUUGACAUAGACACCACCCAUUUUAAUUGUAGUGAGAAUGAUCAAAGAGAAAUAGCUGAUUGGCAAAGUUACUAUCCAUCUUAACUAUAGUGACGUUCAUUCCUCGAGAGCGGUCCAUAAUCCAUAUAAAAUCAAGUGCAUGCUUUGUUUUGAGGGAAGACGCUGAGUUCAAGUGUUCUUUCCCUAUGAAGGGUGUUUGUUGCAGAAGCCCUGCAAUGCAGGGUAAAAAUUUCUGAAUCAUUUUUCUUGUACGCAGGGUUUUGAAAUAGGGAGUUUUUUUGUAAUUAAUGUGGUUCUAGACUUCUAGCUGACCAGGGAAAAUAUAUGAGAUCAAACUGGAAAUAAUUUUAAGUAUAA